GUUUGUUGCAGUAAGAGUAGGAAAGGUUGAGUGAUUGAAAAAAUAUUUCGUAUCUAAAUCGUGUGAAAAGCGCGUUUGUAUUUGCAGAGUGCGCAUAUUUUGGCAAAAAUCAAGCCCAUAUUUGGAGCUACUUACUAAAAAUUAACGUAAAAGUGCAGUACGAUAAUUGAAGGUUGCCGUUUCGUCAAAGAAAUCAUCUUUCUGUUAGAGAUUUGCUAGUAAAAUCGUCGAAACUCUGCAUAGGAAAAAGCUGAUCAUCAGACUUGCUGGCAUUGCGUUGGCCUUAGGAUUACGCUGAAAGCAGCUGGUCGACAAGAAUUUUCUUGCUUAUGGUUGUUGAAUCUGUUUAGUUCCGUGACACACCAAUUUUUCCAUAAGUUCAUUGAACAAAAAUCAGUUUUACUCAGUUGACCAUGGCCCGCUUUAGUGCUUCGAAAAAAAUAUUUGGUGGCUAUCACAGGUUGAGAAUUCUUAAAAGUAGUCAGAGUUGAAAAACGAUUCACAUUUCAGGUGAAAUAAACCUAACAAAUCAAUAUUAUCAAAGUAGUGAAUAAUUGCGCGUGUAAAUGAAAUAAUAUCGGAGAAGUGAAUAUUAAGUGUAGUUGAAGUCGUGGCUGAAAAAAGUUAAAGCUUUGAACAUAUAAAGGAAGAACUGUACUUCUCCACAAUGAGUUCUUCGGAUGGAGAUAAGUCUGUGUCUGGAAGUGCGUCCAAGGCACAGGGGUCUUCAGGAGCAUCAAUUUCCCUGACGGGAUCCGUUGUUAGUGGUAGUACUAUGGGGAUCACAAGCGGUACAGGAACUGGAUCUGGAACAGGUGCAACCACAACCUCGUACCCAAUCGAUUUGGCUUCCAAAGUUUUGGUUCGUCCAACUGAGAAAACAAAUAUGCCAACAACUUUCAGAAUCAAUAACUCGGCUGGCAAUCAGAUGCGUGUAGUGAUACCGAGCAGUGCAACUUCACAGGCUUUCUACCGACAGCAUUUAAAGCAAGAUACUACGUCCAAUCGCACGCAAAUAACGGCUCUUCCAGCUCGUACAGCCAACCAGACAUCCAUAACCGUGUCGCGGGCACAAACACCGACUACAUAUCACGUACCGGCACGCGUUCCGCAGACAGUGGCUAGCAUACAAGGACCAAGAGCCACAAUAACGGCUCCGAUACGCAUCCCGACACCUCCGAUCAGUGUGGCCAAUUUGAACACUUACGUCCGACAAUCGGUUCCAUCGCGAACGUCGUCCCCAUCGGCAACUAUUAUUUCGCAAGGUGCGACCACCUGGAUGUCGAACAUGCAGGUCCAGGUCCCGACCCAGUUGAUUCGUGCCAACACACUAGCCCAGGCACCACGAGCCCGGGUUGUUGCACAAACAAUUCCAGCCAAUCAGACACCUGGCAACAUUAACAAUGCCACAAUUACCGCCAAUGUCGUGGCUCAUCAGACAACACAAUCUAAUCAGCAGAAUGCUUCAAUUAGUGGCACUAAUCAGUCGCAAGCAUUCGUGGCUACCUUGGCAACGGCGGUUCUUCCGCCACAACGACAGCUCACGUCUACGCUAGUGUAUACAAAUAAUAGUGCCCAGCAACCGUACACUGCUGGAACUAAUCCACAACGUUUGACAUUGGCCACAACCUUGCCGCAACAACGGCCAACAGGAGUGCGUCCCAUUCAGCGGCUUCCAACGACGAACAUCGGUGUGCGUGUCACAGCCGGCAGCAUCAGCAUACGUCCUCCGAGUGUAUCCGUGCUUGCUCCGACGACUGUCCUGACUACUCUAGCUUCUGGUACAAGUAUUACACAAAAUCGCACGGCUACCGUUUCAACCGCUAAUAUUUCCAACACGAUACCAGCUCGUAUCAUACAGGUACAGAACCCACAAAGUGGCCAAGUUCUCAGUGGUGGACGGCUGCUAAGCAAUAUCCAACCAAUGAUUUUGAGUAACAAUCGUAUUCCGCACAGUAGUAUUCAACCAAGUUUGACCAUUGCUCAAGUUGGCAAACUGACACCGGUAGCUACUUCGCAAAUUUCAAACAAUUCGGGUUCUUCGUCAGCCUCUCAGGAAUCUCUUAGUGGAACGGGUGGCACCACAACACUACAAACCGUAUCCGGCCAACAAAUUGUUGUCAGUUCCGGUCAAGUUCUUAGUUCCAACACUGGUUCAGGAUCGACGGCAACCAUUAUCACUGGGAACGUGAUACCUAAUCCGUCUGGCACCGGCGGUCAGUCUCAAUCACAAGGACCAAUUACGCAGAUUGUAAAUCUCAAUCCAGGAUCGAUUGGAUCAGGAUUAUCCGGUCAGGGAGCACAAAUAGUAACCGUCAGUCAGGGGCAAGUCAUUGGCACACAGCAAGCCAUUUCCGUAGCCAACUCAGGAGGAGGCGGCUCCACCACCGUUAUUCCAAUUCCACUUGCUUUAACCGGAGGAAGAAAUGCCAGCAUACCUGUGUCGGUCGCGACCUUGUCUGGAGGACAGAAUCCAAUCAGCAUCGUAUCUGGUGGUAGCACUAUCACCGGGAUUUUACGCACAACUACCAGCGGCGCGGGUGGAGCUGGUUCCGGAAUAUCGACAUCCACUAUGCCAUCCAUUUUGCCGAUUGCCAAAGUAACACCCCAGCAGUUGAGUAACCUGAGUACAAUUGAAGCGGUUAGUAGCAGCUCGGCUCCAUAUUCGGUAUCCGGAACUGGAGCCUCAUUAUAUAUUCAAACACGACCACAACAACCCGGUACUAUUGUUACCACCAUUGCCAACGCAGGAAAAUCCAAUACCUUGAAUGUAGUUUCUGGCAGUGUAUCGGGAUCAAUUGGCAAUUCUGGUGCUACCUACUUACCUACUUCGACAUUCUAUUACGAACGUGUAACAGCGUCACCAGCUUCGUCUUCGCAACCCGUUACAACCUCAGCACCUGGAUUGGCUCAAAGCGUUUCGGCUCUAACAUCGGCCACGAUAACAACCACCAGUGCCAUCAGUGGGCCAGUUUUUUCUAUCUCCUCAAGUUCACUGAGUAGUAGUGGUAGUAAUUCCAGUAACACCGCUGGAACAAUCGUCACCGGUGUUUCGAGUGGCCAUGUCAAUUCUUCCAAUGUAAUCACGACGACGGUUUCCCCAUUGCCAUAUGCACCGACGGCCGGGCCGUUUGCUAUUGUACAAACUACCGGACGCAAUAUUUCCGGUCCAAUGCAUGGAAUCGUGUCGUCUUCUAGUGUGCCAGUUGGACAACCCAUGCAAUCUCAAUCGCAACAGUUGACCGCACAACAGUCACAGUCUCAAUCGCAACAAUCGGGAAGCACACAGAUUCAAACCGUUCCCGUUUGCUUUCAUCCACAGUUGCUGGUGGACGGUGGUCAAAACCAGCAAAUUAUUGUAACUGGAACAUCCACAUCUUCUUCCAGUCAGUCAUCACAACCGGCUCAUGUGUUGAUACCGGUUAAUGCCACUGGCAAACUGGAAUCGCCUCAAUCAAGUAUUUUACGGAAGCGGGGAAUGGAAGGUUCACCGAACAAAGCGAGUAAAGAUCUAACGCAAACUCUGAUCGCAGCGGGUAAAGAACGAGCCCGUGGAAUCGAACAACUACGCGAAAGAGAACGAGAAAUGUCACCACCGUCACGACCUGCGUCAACCGAUGGUUCAACCACGGUUAGUGCAACCUCAAGUCCAGGCGCAGAUCAACAGGAGCAAGAGGAAAUAAAGGCUAUGGCCUUUGCUAACCGAAAUGCGAAUAAUGAUUUACCAUUCAAAUCGGUUCGCGGAGAAUUAUUCCAUCAUGAACAGAAAUCGAAUGUGAACCAGGCUAGUUUGGAAGCUACAAAACAGCAAGCAAUCGCCCCAUCCUUCCAUCAUUCUACAAUCCAACAUCAGAAUAUGGUGACAACGGGUAGCGGCAAUGGAAACUAUGAACAAUCGCCUAGGAAGAAACCACGUAAGCAGAACGUAGCCGAAGGACUAAAAUCCGUUGCCAAUAGUUUGCAGUUUUACGCGAGUAAUGACCUAGAAAGUAGUUUCCGUAUGGACACUUCUGGUCCGUCUGCUGUAUCAAGCGAGGGAGCAUCGAUUCAAACGUUGUUACCCCAGCAACUUCCACAAGCUCAACAGCACUCAACGAAACAUAAAGCUGGAGCUACCAAAAAUAACAGCACCGUUAAUAAUAUCGGUACGGGAAGUGGUUCUAAAGUAGAUGGAGUAGCUAGCAGCAGGAAGGAAGGGCUGACGACAGGGAAAGAUGGUUCAGCAGUGAAAAAAGCCCGAAAUGUUGGUUUGCUGGAGACUUACAAGCAAAGUUGGAAAGCCGCCAAUAACCAUUUCCAGCGAUACACGGAUGUCAAACAACGCGAGGAACGACGUCCAACCAUUGUCGAUAUUGCUAACCAGUCGCACGUCCUCCAGAAGGUUAAUGGUUGGAAAAUAUAUCAUCUCAGUGCUCAGAUUGAGGACUUGUGUGAAUUGGAAUCUCAAGCUUACGACGAAUUGGAACAGAUGCUGAAACAUAUGGAGGCCAUCCCGAAACCAUCAGCUGAAAUCGAACGCACUAAUGAGCUGCUAAAGGGUAACAUGCAACGCAGCAAAAUCACCAUCGAUGGUAUCAAUGAAGCUCGAACACAAAUCAUGAAGAUCUUUGACCAUAAAACCCACGUUUCUGAUAUCAUUCAACGGUGCGGAUCGAAGAGAAACUUUAAGAAACGGGAAAAAACUUAAAUUAAGUAACUACAAGAGGUGAAGGAUCCCGUUGUACAUAGGACUUUUGGUUUUGUUUUCUGUCUUGCGUCUAGAAAGUGCAACUUGAUUGUGCUGAUAAGAUAAAUUGUAGAAUGAAUUUUAACUUAUCCGAAUAGAGUGCGUAUCUAGUUUUAAGUUGGUAACGAAAAUGCUGUAAAUGUAACAAAAAAAAACUAUGCUAAUGCAGUAUUUUGUUUCUAUAAAUCUGUACAGUAGUGUAAAUCCGUUGAUUUAUAGCCUGCAUAUGUUGUUUAAGUAUAGAUGAUAAAUCAAGCUUUUCCAACAGGAUGACAGCAAGGAAUACAGAGUUCUUUAAUGAUGAUUUCAUAUAUUUUUUAAGCUUUCUGGUUAUGUCACGAGCGAACUCAAAAAUAAUAGCAACAGUCUCUUGAAGUGUUUGUACUAGUUGUAAGUGCAAUAACUUGUUUAAGUUGUAUUGAUAAAAAGCGAUGAAAAAUGAAAAAAUGGACCCAGCUAAAUAAGUCGAAAUUUCAAGUCUGUUUACUCCAGCAUUACAAAUAGUACAUGUCUCAAAUUGGCGAGAAUAUCUACUACAAUAUAAUCUAUACGCGGUAAAGUGCUGUUAGAGUUAGUGUCCUGGUGUCAUAAAAAGUAGAAUUCCCAGAAGUUAAGCGGAGUAUUCUUAAAUUUCUUUUGUUGCAUUAAGUGAUUUUAUCGUUUGCUGAACUAACGAUUUUUUUCUAAUAAUACUACAGUGAAGGGAAUAUUUUAAUCAGAUUUUGCAAUAGAGAGACGAAUUGAAGAUGUACAGGUUCUCGCUGAAGUUACAGUAUUUGUUUGGACAGUCAGUAAUAUGGAUUACUAUUAUGAAAUAGUGGAAAUAUGGAACUGUGUUGAAAAUUCUCGAUUUCCUCUCGUCAAUGCGUACGUAGUGUGUUACUAAGUAGAAGUUAUUUGAAAAAAAUUA